UUUUUUCCCUGGUUUUUGUUCUCUCUUUGCUCUAUGGCGAUUUUGGCUUAUCCCUCUCUUUCCUUACUCCGCUCCUUGGUCUCUAACGCCUUCUCGUCCGGUGUCGAUUGUCACCUUAUAUCAUCCAUACCAUCUACUUCCAACUCCCACACGUUCGCGCGGAUCUCCCCAUGCAUUCUUUCCGCCUGUCCUCAGUUUGCAUUGUUGGACGUGCACGGUCAACUGCGGUUAUUGCCCUUGCAACGUUAUCUCUUCAUGUGAGGGAGUGUCCUGAUAAUUUUUACUCUGUUCCAGUGACUGGGCAUGGCAACUCCAAGGAACACUUCCCUGACAAUUCCAUC